UGACACUGAGAUAAGGUUACCUUUUCAUCUUCAGCACCAAUCACAUUCGUCUACCAACUAAUUGACUGAAGACAACUUUUACUUCUUUCCUUAUUUUAUGCUUAUCUUUUAUACUUUACCACCUAAAAAUCAUAGCCAUCUUUAAGUGGCGGCUUUCUAAACAAGACUUGGAAAAACUCAUCCAUGCAUUUGUUUUUAGCAGAUUGGAUUAUUGCAAUGGUGUAUUUACAGUUCUUACUAAAAAAAAAAAAAAGAAAAAAAAAGAAAAAACAGAAUUAUUAUAAUCCAGAAUUCUGCUGCCAGAGACAAAUACAAGGAAAAGGGACCAUAUUACAGUGGUCGUGCACUGGCUUCUAUAGAAAGCCUUCACUGUCACUGAACAGAAUACAACGAGAUUUAAAGCUUUGCCAUAAUGUCCACCACAUAAAACAAAAGCAAAAGUACAAUAGCGCUAAUAUAAAAACACCGGUUACAGUGUACUUACGGUGGUAUAAAAAGGAUCUGAGCUUUUUCUCACAUUUUUGCAUAAAAUCACCAUCAAAUGUGAUCUGAUCUUUGUCAAAAUCACACAGAUGAAAGUACAGUGUCUGCUUUGAUUAAAACCACCCAAACGUUUAUAGGUUUUCAUAUUUUAAUGAGGAUAGCAUACAAACAAUGAGAGGGGCGGGGGGUAAUGAAGUGAACCCUCUGCCUAAGGAGACUUAAAGAGUAAUUGAAACCAAUUUUUACCAAACAUUUUAAGUUAAUUUUCUCCCCAAUCAGUGAUGAGUGGUUUAAAGCUGCCCUGCCCACUAUAAAACACACACCUCGUUAAGAAUUGUUUUGAUGAGAAGCAUUGUCUGAUGUGCACAUAUGAUAGUGCAAAUGAGUUUGUGCACAGAUAUUGACGUAACAGUGCAAAAAUGCUACCAUGUAACUGUGUAAAUAUUGCAUAUACAGUACUCAGAUUAUGCAGUACCCAGAUUUAGACGGAUGUCUGAGAACAUAUUGCUUAGUGAGAUGCAUGUGACAAUGUUUUGGCAUUAGCAGCUCAAUGACAGUGACAUUUCAGUGCAAGCUUGAGUUGAGUAUGGUGACAGCUCUUGGCUUGUUUCCCAGUCUGUUUGUUUUAGCUGGAAUGGCCCUGUACCUCCUGCCAGAGGACAACAGGUAGAAGAGAUGGAAACUGGGGUGUGAAUAGUGUUUUGUGAUGCUUCCUGCCCUUCUGUGCAGCUUAAGUGCCCACACUGACACUACACUGGUUUCCACCUCUAAAUGCACAUUUCACCAUGUAGCUGGCCGUCAGUUAAAUCAGCAGACUGAUGCUGCAUUCCAGGAAGACUACGACGAUGACGGACAGAUAGCAGAGAGCGAAAGAGAACAUGUCGUUUUUUGGUUUCAAUUUUGUAAAAAAGAAAGAGCGAGAACUUGAGAGGAAACUCAGGGCAAACGACCGAGAAUACAACCUCUCCUUUAAAUAUGCUACGAAUGCCAUCAAGACCUCCAAGUAUAACUUUUUCACCUUCCUACCUCACAACCUCUUUGAGCAGUUCCAGAGGAUCGCUAACGCCUACUUUUUGUUCCUGCUGGUGCUCCAGGUAAUUCCUGAGAUCUCAUCGCUGUCCUGGUUCACCACUGUGGUACCUCUGGUGCUGGUUCUAUCCGUUACAGCCGCCAAGGAUGCCACUGAUGACAUCAAUCGCCACCGGAGCGACAAUCAAGUCAAUAACCGAAAAGUUCAAGUACUCAUCGAUGGAAAACUGCGUGGCGAGAAGUGGAUGGACGUACAGGUGGGAGACAUCAUCAAGCUGGAAAACAAUCAGUUUGUCACGGCUGACCUCCUCCUGCUGUCAAGCAGUGAACCGCUUAAUCUGGUCUACAUUGAGACGGCCGAAUUGGACGGUGAGACAAACCUGAAGGUGCGCCAGGCCCUGCCUGUGACCGGGGACCUCGGAGAUGACGUCAGCAAGCUGGCGGACUUUAAUGGUGAAGUCCACUGCGAGCCCCCCAACAAUCGGCUGGAUCGCUUCACAGGGACGCUGGCUUUCGCUGGGCAGAAAUACGCGCUGGACAAUGAAAAGAUCCUGCUGCGAGGAUGCACCCUAAGGAACACAGAGUGGUGUUUUGGACUGGUGCUCUUUGGAGGCCCUGAGACCAAGCUGAUGCAGAACUGCGGCAAGAGUACUUUUAAGAGGACCAGCGUGGAUCGUCUGAUGAAUGUCCUCGUCGUCUGUAUUUUUGGCUUCCUGGCGUUCAUGUGCACCAUCCUGGCCAUCGGAAACUAUUGCUGGGAGCUGGGCGAGGGCUCUGCGUUCACCGCCUUCCUGCCCAGGCAGAAGGACAGCGGCGCCGGCUUCUCCUCCUUCCUCACUUUCUGGUCCUACGUCAUCAUCCUUAACACCGUCGUGCCCAUUUCGCUCUAUGUCAGCGUGGAAUUCAUUCGCCUGGGCAACAGCUUCUACAUCGACUGGGACCGUAAGAUGUACUACUCUCGCAGCGACACCCCCGCCGAGGCCCGCACCACCACGCUGAAUGAGGAGCUGGGUCAAAUCAAGUAUGUGUUCAGUGAUAAGACGGGCACGCUGACGCAAAACAUUAUGACCUUCAACAAGUGCUCAAUCAACGGCAAGACAUACGGAGAUGUUUUUGACUACAUGGGACAGAGACUUGAAAUCAAUGAGCACACGGAGAUGGUGGAUUUCUCCUUCAACCCUCUGGCCGACCCCCGCUUCACCUUUCACGAUCAUGCCCUAGUGGAGGCUGUCAAACUGGAGACGACUGAGGUGCACGCCUUUUUCCGACUACUUGCCCUCUGCCACACAGUCAUGGCUGAGGAAAAGAAAGAAGGGGUGCUGUCCUACCAAGCCCAGUCUCCUGACGAGGGCGCUCUAGUCACAGCAGCGAGAAACUUUGGCUUUGUGUUCCGUUCGCGGACGCCGGACAGCGUCACCAUCGUGGAAAUGGGCCAGCAGCGCACUUAUAAACUUUUGGCCAUCCUGGAUUUCAACAACGUCCGCAAGAGGAUGUCUGUCAUUGUUCGUAGCCCUGAGGGUAAGCUGUCGCUGUACUGCAAGGGAGCGGACACCAUCAUCUACGAAAGGCUUCACCCCUCCUGCGCCAAAUUGAUGGACGUCACCACGGAGCAUCUCAAUGAGUUUGCAGGUGAAGGCCUGCGAACGCUGGCGCUGGCCUACAAAGACCUGGAUGAGGACUUUUUCCAUCAGUGGCUACAGCGCCACCACCAGGCCAGUACGGCUUUGGACGGGCGCGAGGGCAAAUUGGAGCAACUGUACGAGGAGAUCGAGACCGACCUGCUGUUGCUCGGGGCGACGGCAAUAGAAGACAAGCUGCAGGACGGAGUCCCGCAGACCAUUGAGCAGCUGGCUAAAGCCGACAUCAAAAUCUGGGUGCUGACAGGCGACAAACAAGAAACGGCCGAAAACAUCGGCUACUCUUGCAACCUGCUGCGUGAGGAAAUGAACGACGUGUUUGUCAUUUCCGGCAGCUCGGCAGAAGACGUCAGGCAGGAGCUUAGAAACGCACGCACCUCCAUGAAACCGGACGCCGCUGAGGACAGUAUGUUUUUGCCAAAGAGGACUCUGGGUAAAAGAACGAAGGCGAUUACAGAUGAAGCGGUGAACGGCGAGUACGGCCUAGUCGUCAAUGGACACAGUCUGGCGUACGCACUGGACGGCAGCAUGGAGUUGGACUUCCUGCGGACAGCGUGCAUGUGCAAGGCGGUGAUCUGCUGCCGUGUGACGCCGCUGCAGAAGGCGCAAGUGGUUGAGCUGGUCAAGACAUACAAGCGCGCCGUCACACUGGCCAUCGGAGACGGCGCCAACGAUGUCAGCAUGAUUAAAGUGGCGCACAUCGGCGUGGGCAUUUCAGGCCAGGAAGGCAUGCAGGCGGUGCUAUCCAGUGACUAUUCCUUCGCCCAGUUCCGUUUCCUGCAGCGCCUCUUACUGGUGCAUGGUCGCUGGUCCUACCUGCGCAUGUGCAAGUUUCUGCGCUACUUCUUCUACAAAAACUUCACCUUCACCUUUGUCCAUUUCUGGUACGCCUUCUUCUGUGGCUUCUCCGCGCAGACUGUCUAUGACGAAUGGUUUAUAACGCUAUACAAUCUGGUGUACACAGCGUUACCUGUACUGGGAAUGAGUCUCUUCGAUCAGGACGUGAACGACGCGUGGAGCUUCCAGCACCCCGAGUUGUACGUGCCGGGCCAGCUCAACCUGUAUUUCAGCAAGACGGCCUUCUUCAAGUGUGCACUGCACAGCUGUUACAGCUCCCUGGUGCUUUUCUUCAUCCCGUAUGCCGCCGUCAGCGAGGCGGCACGCGCUGACGGCCGUGACUUGGCUGACUACCAGUCCUUCGCCGUCCUCACACAGACCUGCCUGCUCUUUGCUGUCACCAUACAGCUGGGCUUGGAGAUGUCGUACUGGACGGCUGUCAACACCAUCUUUGUGGCGGGUAGCCUGGUCAUGUACUUUGCGGUCACCUUCACCAUGCACAGCAAUGGACUCUUCCUUCUGCUGCCGUCCGCCUUCUCCUUCGUAGGCACUGCGAGGAACUCCCUGAGCCAACCCAAUGUCUGGUUGACCAUCAUCCUCACCUCCAUUUUGUGCAUCCUUCCUGUGGUCAGCUAUCGCUUCCUGUUCAUCUUACUCCGCCCCACCAUCAAUGACAAGGUCAUGUUCAAGGUCCGACAGGCCAAGGCGUCGCCUCCCCCGCCUCCUCGUCGCACACGAAUCCGCCGCACUAGCUCGCGGCGUUCCGGCUACGCCUUCUCGCACGCGCAGGGCUACGGCGACCUAGUGACCUCAGGCCGCUUCCUGCGCCGACCUGCGCCGGCCCGCUCCUCAGGUUUCGCCCACACGGGGCGCGCCACAACGGGCUUCAGCCCCAUGGGCCGCUCAGCCGGGUACAGUCCGACGGGGCGCGCCCAGAACGCCAAGGUGCAGGAGGUGGAGGUGACUUCACUGCAAAUGUAUCGGACCAUCAGCGAUGCCGCUCUUUGACCACUUGUCGGCGCUACGCCAAAGACCAGACGUAGGACAAAGUGUCUUUAUGUUUACAAACUUUUUUAACCAUGGAUGGGAGUGAAAACGUAAAAAGCAGCGCCGGGGAAUUUGCACACACUUGUGAGUUAAAAAGUUAAACUUGUAGUGAACGUUUUUAAGGUGAGAGUUUAUUCAUUAAAUAUUUAGAAAAUAAUGUCAAUUGCAGUUAAGGAUGUUUUAUGUACUUCCUGUGGCAGCUGACCAAUUUUUGAUAAAUUGUGAUUAAACACAAUCGCAGAAAAUGGUGCGAUUUAUUUCUAAAAUAGUACGCUCCCACUUCAAACGGAUUGAACAUCUACUAUUGAUAAACACAAUUCAAUUCACAGCAGAAGGAUGAAAAUAACUUGUUAUUUGGUUUAUUACUUCUAUAGUAAAAUAUUGUAGAAUGAUUUCCUGACUCAUGUAAAAAUAAUUGUUGUAUCGCCAUCUUGUGAGAUCUUCGUUAUCAUGUAUCGCAAAUCGUAUCGUAAGGUACCCAGAGGUUUUCAUCUCUAAUUCCAAUCAUAUUUCAUGCCGUUAAGUGAAACACAAAAAAUUCCCCAGCUCUGCUUUGACGAAUGAAAGAAGCAAAGCCACGCUGCCUUAAACCAUUUUGUACUUUACUAUAUACAGUAUAUUUGUAUGUACAUGUACGUUACAGUAUGUUUCUGAUGCGGAAUCUCAGCAAAACUGGUAAAUGGAUCAUCAUUUUGAUCCCAUUUGUAGACUAACUUUUUCCCAACCACUUUUCCUAAUGGCUCAUAUUUGAUCUAUUGGUCAGUCGAUAGAAGUUAUUUAUCGCAAUUAUGUUUCCUUCUCAUAGUAAGAAGUGAUUUUUUUUUUGUGUGGAUUGUUGUCUAAAUUUCGAGAUUUACAUCUCAAGUGACCACUUUGAAUUUGUAAUGAGCCAUAACUGAUUCAGUCAGCCAUAACUGUUUUUACAGAGGACAGCUGUUCAAAAGUUGACUUAACCCUUCAUGUUGCAAGUGACCAUUUUUGGUUGUCGAUUUUUUUUUUUUUUUUUUUAAAUAUCGACUUCUUAUGUUUUCUAAUUUUAAAUAUAUUUAUAAAUUUAUACAAUGCUGAUAAAAAAUGAAGCAGAAUAGAUAAAAACAGUAAUACACAUUAGUGAUUAGGGGUAUGACAAUAUCUCGAAAAGGUGAUACACUGUAGAGUGAUCCCUCGCUACUUAACGCCUAAAACUUCGUGCCCUAAGUCAAUCGCAGAUUUUUUUUCGAUUAAAGAAAAUAAUAAUACAGAUGAGCUGUCCCGAGCCGAUCGCGUAGUCUCACUCUCGCUCCCUCCCUCCUUCUCCUUGCUCUCUGUUGGUCAGGCAGUGAGUACACUGGAAAAUAUUUCAGUUCCAUUGACAGUGCUAGACGUCCAAUCGUUCAUUCAACCCUCCCAGUUAAAAUGGAUUGGAUUGGAUUUUUUUCAUCAAAUUGUUAAUUUUGCUUUAAUACCAAAACAAGGUAUUACUCUUAUGAAGGAAAGUUUUCUCAUUUUACAAGAAUUCAUUUGUUAAAUAUCUCGUGAUAAAGUUGAAAUAUUUAUAGCUCAUUUUUAUGCGUACAAAGAAAAAAUAGUAGGAAUAGAAAUAAAAAGUUGGCAUUCAUCAAAGGCAAUAGAUAUCGAAAAUGGACCGAAAAUAAAAUGAUGAGGGGAAAAAUAUAUAAUUUCCUGGUAAUUAACUUGUAUUUUUAUUGAUAUUGUCUUGCUAUCUGACAUGGUUAUGCAAUAAUUACACGAAUAUGAUGCCCAUUCCUACUUGUUUAUACUGGAAAAUCAAUAUGAAGCAACGCUGCAAACUCAUGUACGAUGUGUAUGAUCAUGUAUGAUUCUCAUAUACAUGAAUGUUAUUUAUCUAUAUACCUUCCUUCGACUAUGCACAUAUCCAUCAUGCUGUUUAAAAAAUUUAAUACAUGCUUUAUUGUGGACUUAUGAGUUUUUUCUAAUAUAAUACAAUGUUUUGUAUGUUUUUAUACCAAGAGCUGCAAUAUAUUGACAAUAAAUCUUUUUUUUAAGUGGGA